GUCAGCUGUGGCCCCCGGCGCCCGGGUAGGGUGGCCGUGGCCAUUGGCCGAAAGGCGGUCAAGGGCGGGGUCGCCGGGAGCCGCUGCGAGCUGGGCUGAGCUGGUGGAGGCCGGCAGCCAGCCGGAGAGGCAAGGUCUGGGUUGCAGAGUUCCGGCCCGGCCAUGGCAGUGGCGCCCCUGAAAGUGUGCAUCGUGGGCUCGGGGAACUGGGGUUCAGCUGUUGCAAAAAUAAUUGGUAAUAAUGUCAAGAAACUGCAGAAGUUUGCCUCUACUGUCAAGAUGUGGGUUUUUGAAGAAACAGUCAAUGGGAGAAAACUGACAGACAUCAUAAAUAAUGACCAUGAAAAUGUAAAAUAUCUCCCUGGACACAAGCUGCCAGAAAAUGUGGUGGCUGUCUCCAAUCUCAGUGAAGCCGUGCAGGACGCAGAUCUGCUAGUGUUUGUCAUCCCCCACCAGUUCAUCCACAGGAUCUGCAAUGAGAUCACCGGCCAGGUGCCCAAGAAAGCCCUGGGCAUCACCCUCAUCAAGGGCAUAGAUGAGGGCCCCGAGGGGCUGAAGCUUAUUUCCGACAUCCUCCGGGAGAAGAUGGGCAUUGACAUCAGUGUGCUCAUGGGUGCCAACAUCGCCAGCGAGGUGGCUGCAGAGAAGUUCUGUGAGACCACCAUCGGCAGCAAAAUAGUGGAGAAUGGUCUCCUCUUCAAAGAACUCCUGCAGACCCCCAAUUUUCGAAUUACUGUGGUGGAUGACGCAGACACAGUUGAACUUUGUGGCGCUUUGAAGAACAUUGUCGCCGUGGGAGCUGGGUUCUGCGAUGGCCUGUGCUGCGGAGACAACACCAAGGCUGCCGUCAUCCGCCUAGGCCUCAUGGAAAUGAUCGCUUUUGCCAGGAUAUUCUGCAAGGGCCAGGUGUCCACGGCCACCUUCCUGGAGAGCUGUGGGGUAGCCGACCUGAUCACCACCUGCUACGGAGGGAGGAACCGCAGGGUGGCUGAGGCCUUCGCCAAGACUGGAAAGACCAUUGAAGAAUUGGAGAAGGAGAUGCUGAAUGGGCAGAAGCUCCAAGGACCCCAGACCUCUGCUGAAGUGUACCGCAUUCUCAAGCAGAAGGGACUCAUUGACAAGUUCCCGUUGUUCACUGCGGUGUACCAGAUCUGCUAUGAAGGCAGGCCUGUCCCAGAGAUGCUGUCUUGUCUACAGAGCCAUCCAGAGCACAUCUGAAGUGAACUGUGCCAUGGGCCGGGGAAGUUCUGCCUCUCCCACUUGGGGUUCAUGGGAAACCUGGAUUUAGCAACAGGAUGUUUGCUUGACCAUACUCCCAUCACGGACAUGCAUGAAUUGUGAGCAGCGGUUCAUUACUAAGAUGUACUAGGAAACAAUGAAACACACGUGUGAACAUGUAUGUGUUCAUUUCUCAUUCUAUGGGUGUUUCCUUGAACCAAAAUUAUGUGUCCUUUUUAAUGAUUGCAUUUGAAAUUUCCACACCAUGGUAGCCUAUAAGACUGGAACUAGCUCAGCUAAACUUUUAGAUGUAAUUCAUAUGUAUUUGAGCAGAGGGAAGAAUUAGUUUUUCUCAUUCUUUUGAUAAUCAAUUUAACCAGCAUUAAAAUGGUAGAUAUAAUGGAGGAAUAAGUGUAUUCAAAACCAAAAUAUUUUACUUUGGAACCACUAUCUCAAAGCCAGCAUAAUUAACUACUUUGAUCAUGAGUUGAUUUUUUUUUUUAAACAAAUAGAUAUUUUAAUUAGAUAAUCCACUCAUAUAGUCUCUCUGGCUGCAGUUUUCUGCAUGUCUAGCUCCUUUCUCGUCAUUAGCUGCCAGCAGAGCUUUUCUACAAACCAUCAGUGGCCAAGGACAGCAGACACACCUGGCUUUCCCUGCCCUGACCAACACACUCCUCUGGCCAGCAGACACUGGACGAAGCUUUUUGUUAGGUCCUACUUUCCUGCAGAUAUUUCUCUUAAUCCUCACAGAUCCUUGGAGGAGCCACUGUUAUUCUUCUUGUAAGAUGCAGUGCUGUACCUGGUCACCUGUGCAAAGGACAGGCACAGGAGCCCCAUGCAGGGCACAAGAACUGCCAAGACAUGCCUAGGCCAAUAUGACCUCCAGCUGCUUGCCAUGUGCAGUCUUUCUAGAGGCCAUAACUUCCUGCCCCAGAGUUGUGGAUGGGUGAGGGUCUCAAUGGUCACCACUCCAAGUGUGGUCCUCAAACCCAGUAGCAUCAGUGGCACUCAGAUACGCAGGCUCCCAGGCCCUUCCCACACCUCUGAAAUGGCACCUAUAGUUCAGCAAGCUUUCCAUGUGCUUCCAAUGCUCACUACAAUCCAAGAGCCACGAUGUUAGGAUUUACUUUAGCAGGGCCUUCUCCAAACCAUGUUCCAUAGGAAGCAAGGAUCCCAGGGACCAGGAACCAUUCCAGGUAUACCCUGGAAAGGCUUUGGGAAAAGGUGCUUUGGUGCACCGCUGUUGAAAUAUAGACUAUGUGAGAAUGUUAGUGGAACCUGGCCUCAAACAUGUUAGGCUAUGGGAAUUUUUUUGGCAAGGAAACUAGCCAGAGUUUCCAGAGACCGCUGUUGUAGACUAAGGUGACCUUCAGCCAACUCAAGCAGACACUUCACUCCCUGCAGGAAAUUAGGAUGACUAAACUACCUGUGGCACAGUUCUGUUCUGCUGUGAAUCUAUGAUGAAGCUUAAGGGUGACGCCGUCAAGUACAGCCAAGUAGAUGCCAGCCUCGCUGAGACGCACAUUAUGUGGAAUAAGUGUUCUAGUUCUAGGAUUAGAAUGGGAACCUUUUUCAGAUGAGAUUGGUUCAGAGCACCCUUCCACAUGACGCUCCAUAAGUGUUCAAAGAGCACGUGAAUGUUACAUAUUCAGGCAAUUUUAGUUACUUUGUGAGAUUUUUGACUCUCCCCCACACACCCAGUUUGGGUCUUUUUCUCCCCCUGCCCCAUAACUGAAAUUAUUGUAAAAUAGAUUUUUGUGGGAAUUUUAAAGCUGUGUCCACAACAUUUGGGGGCAUUUUAAAGCCUCCUCCUCAGAAGCCUGGGAAAGCACACAAAAUGCUAACACAUGUCAGCAGUGUUAGUGACACUGUUGAGUCAAUCAAUUUUGGCUUGUCUCCUGAUGAAUCUUUUUUAAAGUUUGUACAUAGAUAAUGAAGAGUUACUUUCUAAGAUCUGAAAAGGGCUGUAAGGUAACUGUGGUGUCUAUUAAGUAGGAUCAUGAGGAACUGGGAUUGCGUGUUUGUACAGCCUGUCUGUAUUCCAGUCUUUCCUUUGUAAACACUCUCUCCACUCUGAAAUCCACCAACUCUCCCUCUUGAGCAUACUUACAACAGCCUGCACAGUGUGGGGAAAGGGACAUUUUAUAAGUUUGUGUCUGCUAAUUGUAGAUAUUUAUUACUCUAUGAGUCAUCUAUUUUUAUAACCACUGUGGUCUGUCAUCUAUUUUAAUUCAUGUUUCUUACUAAUUAUGAUAAUUGGGAGGGAGACACCUAGAUUAGAAACUUAAUCUAUACUAUUUCAGCUAAUCUGUAAAUGUAAAAACUACAUUAGCCAGGCAUGGUGGUGUGCCCCUGUAAUCCCAGCACUUGGGAGACUGAAGCAAGAGGAUCUAGAGUUUAAGGCCAGCCUGAGCUACAAUACAAGGGCUGGACUGGGAUGUGUGGCAAGUGGUAGAGCACCUGC